CACAGCGCCGCUCGUUGACCGUGUGGAAGCAGCUCAUCCGGCUCUGACUGAAAGCUCAGGCUCCUGGAGUUUGAUGUUUUGCGGCAUCAACAGACUCCUUUCAAAAUCAUUACUUCUUGCCGUGAGGCAGCGUUUUCUGUUUCGAAAUCCCAGAGAACUGUCUUCUAGAAUGUCCUUUCCGUACCCACAGGCUUUCCGCGACGAGGCAGUUGUGGAUGAUUAUCAUGGCGGUAAAGUACCAGAUCCAUACAGCUGGUUGGAGGACCCUGACAGUGAAAAGACUCAGGCUUUCGUCACCUCUCAGAACCAGCUGACGUUGCCCUUUUUGGAGCAAUGUGAGGUGCGAGACUUAUUCAAGGAGCGAAUGACAGAGCUGUAUGAUUACCCCAAGUACAGCUGUCCCUUCAAGAGAGGGAGCAGGUACUUUCACUUCUACAACACAGGCCUGCAAAACCAGAGUGUGAUGUAUGUGCAGGAGAGUCUGGAUGCUGAGCCAACAGCCUUCUUGGAUCCAAACACAUUUUCUGAUGAUGGGACAGUUGCCCUGCGAGGCUAUGCAUUCUCCGAGGAUGGGGAGUACCUAGCGUACGGCACUAGCGCUAGUGGGUCAGAUUGGGUGGAGAUGCGGUUCCUGCGGGUCGAAGGUGCCACGCCUCUAGAGGACCGCCUGGAGCGGGUCAAGUUUAGCUGCAUGUCCUGGACCCAUGACGGGAAGGGACUGUUCUACAACUCGUACCCCGACCAAGAGGGAAAGAGCGAUGGAACUGAAACCUCCACCAACCUGCACCAGAAGCUGUACUUCCACGUUCUUGGGACGCCGCAGUCUGAGGACGUGCUGUGUGCUGAGUUUCCUGACCACCCCAAGUGGAUGAGUGGAGCUGAGGUAUCGGAUGAUGGGCGAUAUGUGCUGCUGUCCAUCAGGGAAGGUUGUGAUCCAGUCAACAGACUGUGGUACUGUGAUCUUGAGACAACUCCCCAGGGUAUUACAGGACUUUUGCCAUGGGUUAAGCUUAUCGACAACUUUGAUGCCGAGUACGAGUACGUGACCAACGAGGACACAGUGUUCACAUUUAAGACCAACCUAGAUGCUCCGCGUUAUCGUCUCAUCAACAUCGACUUUGCCUCUCCCACUCAGAGCAAUUGGAAGGAGCUCAUUCCUCAACAUGACAAGGAUGUUAUUGUGUUCGCCACCUGUACGUUCUCCAGCUACCUGUUUGUGUGUUUCCUCCAUGACGUGAAGAAUGUGCUGAAGAUGUACCGCCUGAGUUCAGGGGAGGAGCUGAGGACCUUCCCUCUGGAAGUCGGCUCUGUGGUGGGCUUCACAGGACGGAAGCGGGACUCUGAGAUCUUUUACUAUUUCACCUCCUUUCUCUCUCCAGCUAUCAUUUACCACUGUGACUUGACCAAGGAGCCGCUGCAGCCCCACAUCUUCAGAGAAGUCACAGUCAAAGGCUUUAAUCCCUCUGACUACCAGACCACUCAGAUCUUCUAUCCAUCCAAGGAUGGCACUCAAAUCCCCAUGUUUAUCGUUCACAAGAAGGGCAUCAAAUUGGACGGGUCCCAUCCUGGAUUCCUCUACGGCUAUGGGGGCUUUAACAUCUCCAUCACACCGAGCUACAGUGUCUCCCGCCUCAUCUUUGUCCGACAUCUUGGGGGAGUCCUUGCUGUUGCCAACAUCAGAGGUGGAGGGGAGUAUGGGGAGACCUGGCACAAAGCCGGUAUGCUGGCCAACAAGCAGAACUGCUUUACAGACUUCCAGUGUGCAGCUGAAUAUCUCGUCAAGGAGGGAUACACCUCUUCCUCCAAACUGACUAUAAACGGUGGCUCCAAUGGUGGCCUGCUUGUAGCGGCAUGUGUGAACCAGCGGCCCGAGCUGUUUGGCUGUGCCGUGGCUCAGGUCGGCGUUAUGGACAUGCUGAAAUUCCACAAGUUCACCAUCGGCCACGCCUGGACCACAGACUUUGGCUGUUCAGAAGACAAAGAGCAGUUUGAGUGGCUCAUCAAAUACUCACCGCUCCACAACAUCUGUAUCCCAGAAGGCACCGGGGUCCAGUAUCCUGCCGUGCUCCUGCUGACCGGCGACCACGAUGACCGCGUGGUUCCCCUCCACUCUCUCAAAUACAUCGCCACCCUGCAGCACAUUGUCGGCCGCAGCUCCAAGCAGACGAACCCACUCUUCAUCCUCGUGGACACUAAGUCGGGCCAUGGUGCCGGCAAGCCCACCAGCAAGGUCAUCCAGGAAGUGGCCGACACGUACGCCUUCAUCGCCCGCUGUCUCAACAUCUCAUGGGUCAAAUAACUACAGUUUGGUUUUUGUUUUGUUUUGUAAUUCAAAUCGUUUUUGGGAUACUGUUCACAACAACUGAUCACUUUUCAUUUUAAACAGAUGUUGCUUACUCAUCUGCCAUGACCAUAUCCUUUACAUCAUGAACCU